CUCCCCCCCGGAUCCUUCCGAAGCGUGAUAGCGCGUUGCAGUGGCCAAUAGGUCCGUUGGUCGGCCCCUGACUCUGUUCUUGCCUCCCCUCUGGUCGCCAGGAUGAUGAACACUCGUCGCAUGAUGGAGCGGCGGAUAGAGAAAGAGCGCGACCGCGAGGCGCAGCUGGGCGGCAUCGAGAAGAUGCUCUUCGAGCAGGCACUCACCAACACGGCCGCUCGCAGCGAUGCAAGGGUGGAGGCCAUGAGGAGGCAGAGGCUGCGUGAGCAGGAGGAGACCGAACUCAGGCAGGACGCGCUAUUCAUUCAGGUGGGCGGGCCGCCAGACAGACAUACGGGCAGACGGGCAGACAGCAGGCAGGCAUCAUUGCAUAUAUUGUUUCUGUGUCUGGGUUGUGUCUGCGAUUCGUCAGCGUAUGCAGGAGCAGGAGCGUCGUCAGAAGCUCACUGAGAUGGAGGACAGACUCGCGAGGGUAGGCAGCGUCUGCACCGACAAGAUCACGCCAGCUGCCUCUCCUUGUCUGUGUGCUCAGGAGCUGGAGCGUCGCAAGGCCGAGCAAAUCCGCGAGUAUCAGAACAGACAGAGGGUAGGUGCCGCCAAGGUAUGUCGCACAACUGGUGCAUGUGUGUGCGUGUCUGUGCUUGGCUGGAGGUGAUCAAUGGGAGCGACGAGAUUCGUGACCUGAAGGCCAAGCUGGAGGCUGCCCGAGUCACCAAGGAGAGGGCGGCACAGUUGCUGGAGCAGCAGAUCAGAGAGGAGGAGGAGAGGGUGAGAGAGAGAGAGAGAGAGAGAGACCAAAACGGGUGGCACACCACAUGUGUUCUCUGUGUGUGUUCCUCAGUGGCAUGAGAGGGUGUUGGCUGAGCGGAUGGAGGAGGAGCGGCUCAAGGCCCUCGAGCAUGAAGUCGCCAAGGAACAGUCCACCGAAAACGUCAAAUACCAAACCAAACUGGUCAGUCUGUCGGCACCAGACUACCACUUCACGUAUGCCUUUGCUGGGUACGUGUGUGUGUGUGUGUGUGUGUGUGUGAUUGUGUGUGCAGAUGCAGCAGGACCAGAUCCGUCUUCGCGAGAAGGCCAAGGAGGAGUCGAUGGCAGAGUACAUCCGCGAGAAGGAACAGGUUGAACAAAUCGUCGAGAAAAUCAGACUAGAGGACCAGCGGUAUGGACGUACACACACACUCGCCGACCCUCCCACACGCAUUUGCCGACGCCCAACCACAUGUGUGUGUGUGUGCAGUGAGGUGGAGGAGCGACUGGCCCGGCAGGCAGAGGCUCAGCGUGAGUUGGCGCUGUUCAUCCAGCAAAAGGACGAGGAGAGGCGCAUGCAGCAAAUUAAGGAAGAGGAGGAACUCAGGUACACGAACACCCCACACACACCCGCACGCGCCACAGUGGCCGUCUGCACCUCCCGUUGUGUGUGUGUGUCAGGAAAAUCGAGGAGUUUGCGCGCAUGAAGCGUGAGCGUGAGGAGCGGAUUGAGCGAGAGAGGAAACAGGUGACGAUCAGACAGACAGACACCUAUGGACCUGCACCACAGGCACCCUAAUAUAUCGGCCAUGUGUGUGUCAGGCUGAGGAGGAGAAGAAGCGCAUCCUCAACGAGCUGUGCAGACAGCAGGUCAACACACAUACACACACCACCGUACCAUGACGUACUCAUUAUUCCCGUGUGUGUCUAUGCUGUGUGCGUCCAGGCCGAGCGCAAUGCCGAGAGAGAAGAGCUCGAGUAUCUCCGAGACGAGCUAUACAGGUGCCUAUCGACAGGCAGGCAGGCAGGCAGGCAUUUUUGUAUUGCGUGUGUUGAUCGGUGGGUCGGUUGGUGUGUGUCAGGGAGGAGCGUGAGGCGCUGGAUCGCGCCAAAGACGAGGCUGCCCUCAAGAAGGCCAUCGAAGACAGGUUCCAGAUGAUGAAGGCGUUCGAACAACAGGUCGGUCACACACCAACACGUGAAUGUGAACUAGCACAUGGCAUACGGAUGUUGGCUGUCUUGUUUGCCUUUGUGUGUGGCAGAUGGCUGAGAAGGAGGAGCGGAAGCUGCAGCGGGCUGAGGAGGAACGCAAAUUCAGAGACAUCAUGCUCGUAAGCAACCACACACACACACAGAGAUCCAACACGCACCAGCCACUUCUCUGGUCAUUCGAGUGACUGGCUGUCUGUCUUGUUGUGCGUGUUGGCCAGGCCAAGUUUGCUGAGGAUGAUCGCAUAGAGCAGAUGAACGACCAGAAGAGACGAAUCAAGAUACAGGAACACAAACGAGAGGUGCGGUAGGGAACUGACAACACACCACACCUGAACUACCCACCGUUCCACUGAUGGUCCAUAUAUCUGAGUUUGUGCAGGUGGAGCGUUUGGUCGACAUCCGUCGCCAGAUGUACCAGGAGGAGCGCGAGAACGAGCUGCGCGAACGGGCCAGGCUGCAGGAGGAAGAGGCACAGAAACAGAGGUCACACAAAGGCCGCAACCAUCCCCCUUUCUCCGCGCACACACGCAGUCAACGACGGGGUGUGUAUGUGUGUAUGUGUUGUGGUUCAGGAUCAUCGAGGAGGAGAGGAAGCGGCUGCUCCGGGAACAUGCGGCUGGACUCAAGGUGGGUAGAGGGUGGGCAGGCAGACGCCCUCACCUGACCGACCAACACGAUCAGAAUCAUAUGGGUUUGCUGUUUACGGCAUCCAUCUGUUGUCCAGGAUUUCCUGCCCAAGGGCACCUUGCAGAAGCGGGAGGACGUGGACCUUCUGGACCAAGCUGCACAGGCCAAAGUCAAGGCCAGACGAGAGGCCAAGUAGCCGUGUUGCUGCGGCGGUGGUUUGUGCUGACACAUGAGGGUGUCAAUGAUUGUGACCGUCCUUGCGUGCAUUGCCAAAGUGGUUACCUUCGGUCUCUGCCGAUGUCUGUUCGUCUGUCCCCCAUUGUGCGUGUGUGACUGACGAUAGCCUCCCUGUACAUACCGAGUCAGACUUAUGGCGCGCGAUCGACAUGCAUGUGAUCUUGCCCCCGCACCAAACCCAGCCGAGUCCGUG